AUGCUCUGCAGUAGUUUCUCUGUCUCCAGCGAUCUCCCCCACGCGUUUCCCUUUCAGGCAACACAAUUUGCAGAGAACUUGACGCAGGCAACGUUCCCACGCCGUUCCUACAGAAAGAAGCAGCCGUGGCUUCUUGGCCACUUGAGAAAAAGCUGUACAAAUAGUGAAGACGCGACGCGACUCAUGUAUUUUUCCCAAACUGUUGACGUUUUUUCCAUUUUUUCCUUGAAUCACAGAUUUAGAAAAAAAAAAAAAAUAAUGACACCCAAGAUCAUAAUAAAAAGGGUAGCCAAGGGUUGCCAAAGGUUGCCAAAGGGAGUCAAGGGUAUCCAACAGAAAACAGAUUUUGAAAGUGUGACGAGUUAUCUACUCUGUACAAAUUGUCGAGCCUCAUUAAAAAUAUAUAUAUAUAUAUAUAUAUAUUUGCACAUCCACAGGCGUAUUUAUAAUUGUAUCUUUUUUGUAAUGACAACCAAUUCAAAAUCAUACCGACACACACACAAGAUGUCUGAAAUAAUAAUUUCUACUAGUGAUCUGAAACUUAUGAAAUCUCAAAAACCAUCAACUAAUUUACAAUCUUCACUAUCCGAUAACGUCCGAGUCUUUGUUCAUUACAUCGAUUGCUAUGUGGGAUUUUUAAACAAAUAUAUCGGUCUAUUACGUCGACAACAAUGUCUAAGAUUCGAACGAUCCGUGGUCAUUAAGUUUGUGAAAAAAAUGAGAUUUGUUUCAAAUAGUCUCGUCGAAUUUAGAACUAAACUAGAUACAAAUCAAUUGGAUGAGUCCAUUGAUUCAGAACAAUUGAUAGUAUUGAUUGGAUCUCAGUAUUUGAAAUUCAUAGAGAUUCUUGAUUUGCUCACAUACUAUUUAACACAACCGUUAUCGAAUGAAACAAUAAUAAAAACAUUGAAUUCAAAUUAUAUAAUACCUCCCGAAUGUGUCACGGUUUUCGAAGAUACUAAUAAUCAUAUUUUGAAAUUCAUUCAAUGGUUUUUAGAAUCAAUUAAUAUUAAUGAUUCAUUUUUAAAAUCAGAAGUAAUUCAAUUCGCCUUAAAAUGGGCUCGUGAAGAUGAAGUGGAUUUAGAAUUCACUAAAAAUAUGUUUUUACAAGAAAUCAUUCAAGUGGACGAUAUCGAAGAGUAUGAAGAGUUAUUAAUCGAUUGGACUAAUAUUUUGGUGGAAAAAGUUUCCUCACUAAGAGAAAGUUUCGAAUCCACGAUGGUUGUUUUAACUGAUAAUAUUAUACCCAUCAAACAAAAGACCUAA